AUAUAUGCGUAUUUGUCUGUAUGAGUGCUUGCUAUGUGGAAAACACCUCGAAACAUGAAAAUAUUUCACAGUGGUCAUCUGUCUUGCUUCAUCAGAAUUUGCCGUAUAGGUGAUAAGUCUAUCCCUUCUCUCGCAUUUACUGCAUUCAAAUGCGGUUAAUGUAUGCAGGGUUGACUUCCUUAUAAUUUUGACAUUAUCGAAACAGAUCUUUUGUCAGCUGUCUGUAGUAUGCAUUGCUAUAGUUGAUCUUUUUUCUAGACUUGUUAAUUCUACUUCAUCAUUUCUAGGUGGAGGUUUCGUAUGCAGCCAGCCAGCCAGCCAGCCUAUGUUCAUAUACUCUCAAAGAGGAUCUCAUUCAACACAUAAAGAAAGACUGACCUCUGAAGCUAGCCUUGCAUACUUUAACCAUAUCGAAUGCAGUAAAUAAUAGGAGAGAAGGGAUAGACUUUAUGCCUACCUAUAUGGCAGACUCUCUCUCUCUCUAAUGAAACAGGACAGAUGACGGAGAAAUACAAAAUUAUUCAAUCCUAUAUUAUGACCAUAUUGUGAAAUAUUUUCAUGUUUCGAGGUGUUUUCGAUGUAACAAAAAACAUACACACACACACUCACAGAGACAAAUACACAUAUAUGACAAUUUGACAUUAGUCAUUGCAAAUAUAUGAUGACUGUUAAUGCAUUUUUUUAUUGGUACAAAUGUCUCCCAACAAGUGACCUUCAAAGGGACUGACUUCAGUCCCUUAGUUAGUUUUUGAACUAUAUAUUUUGAUGAUUAAUAAAAUUCAAAUAAUUCUGCUGUCAAGGAAGAAGAAGCUGUGGCGUACAUAAGAAAAUGUUCAGAAAGAAAAUCUUGUUUCCGAUUUUUCUUAAAUACGCUGGAAUUAUUUUAAAUAAUUUACAAUGAUACAUUCUGACUUGGUGCUCAAAUUAUUCCAGGAAAUUCGUUCAACAUCAUACAAUCAUGAUGUUUUGAAGCAUUGUCCAUGUAAAAGACCAAAUAUCCAAAGAUUCUCUAUCUAGUUGUGUCUAUAAAAUAAAAUGCUGGGAAUGUGAUGCGGUAUGCAUCAGACGAACAUUGCUACAGAGAGAAAUCAAGGUAAUCAGAAGAAAUGAACACUGUAGAGCCACCUCUAUUCGAUCACAGAGAAGUCCAGUUUGUGAAAUAGAAAAACUUGAAAAAUCAUCAGCCUUAGCUCGUCGUUUACACGCAUCACUAUAGAAUCAGGCCACAAAAUUGAUUUUGACAACAUUGAAAUCAUAAUCCAGAAAAAGCAUUUCAGAAAUCACAAAGAACGUCUCACAUCAUCAGAAGUACUUCAUAUCAAAUGGAAUCCAAAUUGUCUGAACUAAAUAGGAAUUAUGGACUAAAAUAGAAUUUGACCUGGUUACAACAGCACUCUCCUCUCCAUGAAUGAUAAAAUCAACACGAAUGUGAUAAGCAAUUUCAUUAUGUAAACACACACUGCUUUUGUAUAAUUUUAUACGCUUAUCGAAUCCAACAAUGUACACACACACACUUGGUUUCAUUAUCUCUGCCAACGGGCCAACUUGACAAAGCAAAAAUUACCCCAUGCUGAGGAAUGAUGAUUAAGUUGUCACAUAUAUAAACUGAGAGGAUUUUGUAAAUUCUGGUUUAAUAAUACUUUGAUAAAGCAGUUAUUAGCAUUAAAUAGCGAAAUGUCAGUAAAAACAACAAUAUCGUUUCGUUUUUCAUUCAUUGGGAAAUACAAGAAAAUCUUUAUUAUAAUGUUAAUUAGUAGAUGGUGACUAGCAGUGGAAUCUUGGAUAAUGCGCAUCUCGUCCUAUUCGGGACUCACCAUCUGGAUGUACCUGCAUUCCCCAGUGGAUUAACUAAGACACUGUGUCCCAGUUCUAAACGUCCGCCAAGUCCAGUUCUUCCAGCUUAUAUGAUGCCUAGAAAUGCUCAGAAAAGUGGUAGUAGUAGUAGUAGUAGCGGCAGUACCUCUACAACAGAACAAACAUUGAAACUGUCAAAUGAUGCAUCAAUGCAUUUAGAUAGUAUGCAACCUCAAGAUUGUUGUGCCUGUGGAUCAGCCACUUACAAACUCACUUUCACUGGACUAUGGACUAAAAAAACCCAUCCAAAAGAUUGGCCUGUACACAAUCCUGGAGCAUUACAUUGGACAAAUCUUAUCGGUGCAAGUCAUACACCAAGUUUUCAAAUCUAUCGUAUAGGUGAACCAGCCAGUGCUGGAGUUCAAGCUGUUUGUACCUAUGGGGAUACAACUGUAAUCAAGCAAUCACUUGGUAUUGCUGCUACUAACACCGGUUCAUUGGGUGGUGUCCCAUCAGGAACACAAAGAGGAUCGACUGGUGUUGGCCCAUUGCUUAGUUUUGUUUCUGCCCCAGGAAUGUGGGGUGAAGAAACACUCGAAGAGACAAGAACAACCUAUGUUGCAGUGAAUAGAACACAUCCAUUGAUUUCAUUUUUAACAAUGCUUGGUCCAAGUCCUAAUUGGUGUUCAGGUAUUUCUGGUCAGUCAGUAUGUCAAGCAGAUUGUACAUGGGUGAAAAAAAUUGAAAUUGAUUUAUUCCCAUGGGAUGCCGGUGUUCGUAAUGGAGAUACGUAUCUUCCGAAAAAUGCUGAUAGCAAGGAUGUUCCAGAGCCUAUACGUUUUAUCACUAAAGAUUGGAUGCCAAAUAGUCCAUUCAGUGAAGGUAUCCCCGUUGCACGUGUAGUACUUGAACGUGUCUUACCAACUGAAUCAUGGCAGUGUACAUCAAAGUUACACGAUGGUGUUGAAGUUUUUAAUUCAGAUGGGAGUACAGAGACUGUAGGCAUGAAAUCUAACACAUCAGAUAAUAAGCAACAUUCACCUAUGGUUCAAUCGGUUAUCGGAGAUCUAACUGGAACAUUACCAAAAAAGUCUAGAAAUAAAGGUGGAACUAGUGGAGGUGCAGGGGGUGGUGCUGGUGGUGGACAAGGUGGAACAAGAAUAACCAGUGGAGGUCUCGGUGGAGAUAACCCCCUGUCAGAUCCAAGUUUAGCACAAAUGGCAACAUUUUUAUGUAUUACUGAUACAUGGUCAGCAUGGGGACCUUGUUCGGUGACUUGUGGUGUUGGUCGGCGAACUAGACAACGUGCUAUGUUAAUCAAUAAAAAGACAGAGCUUUGUCAACAUGUUCCAUUGAUAGAAGAGGAAUCAUGUGAUGGUCGAAAGCGUACCUGUGAUUUUAGUGCCCCGUGCAGUUUAUUACCCUGGACCGCCUGGACACCAUGCAAUGCAACCUGUGAUCAUCCAAACGGUCGACAAACACGUACACGGUAUCUAGCUCGACCAGCGGAAAAACACGAUUGCAGCCAUUUAUUCAGAAGUGAAACCGAGUUGAACAAAGGUAUGCUACAAGAGAUAAGAGAAUGUCAACCAAAAGAUACUGACUGUGAUCCAGCGACAAUUUGUGCAGAAGGCAGAAAAGAUGGUUUGGUGUGCGGUGAAAAAGUUUUGGCUUAUUAUUACAGUGCUGUUGAACACGCUUGCCUACCGUUUAAAUAUUUAGGCUGUAAAGGUGGACGAAAUCGAUUUGCAACUAAAGCAGCUUGUGAAAGCCUUUGUAUACCAGCUGUUGAAGCAUUACCCAAGUGGCGACGGGAACGUAUGGCUUUACUACAGUAUCAAACAGCACAACUUGCUAUGGAUAGUGAUGAUUUUAAAAAACAACAGCAGCAACUUGCUCCAGCUAAUCAUUGUUCUGAAGUCAUGAAUCCUGGUUACACAUGUACGAAUGGAAAACUACCAGAAAAUAGAUGGUAUUUUUCUACACGCCUUAGAAGAUGUCGUGAUUUUGAAUAUCACGGUUGUGGUGGGAACAAAAACAAUUUUGAAACUUAUCAAGCCUGUUUAUCUGAUUGUCUGCCAUUAGAAAUGGAAAAAUUACGUCAAAUCAAUAAAGCACGUUUAGCUAGCGCACGAAGAUUUACAAAUAAUACAAACAUCAAGGCAAAUGAUGAUGAUGAUGAUGAUGAUGAUGAUGGUGUCUCUUCCAGUGCAUCUGCCUCCAUGUCUAAAGAUGACACUGACGACAGCGAUGAUAGUCUGAGUAAAAUGGAACGUCAAAAAAUAGAUGAUAUGUGGGGUCCAAAACAAGAUUGUAUAAUGACUGCAUGGAGUGGUUGGAGUCCAUGCUCUGUGGCAUGUUCAUAUGAAACAGGUUCACAAAUGCGAUGGAGACAUGUUGAAAAACCUGCAAUGCAUGGUGGCAAGUCGUGUGGAAUGCUUUUUGAAAAACGUGAAUGCCAUGGAACGCUAUGUUGAGAAAUAAACGAAUAUUGUAAAUUUAUUCUCUAUCAUCUUAAGACAAAUAAUAAAUACUACUCACUUACUGAAUAAUCAGAAAAUCCCCUGAUCAGUACUCAUCAGGAGAUGAGUAUUUAAUUGCUUUAUUGAUUCAAAUAUUUAAUUGUUAUCAUCUAUAUUUUCUUUUGCUAACGCUUUUAUCCUCUAUUGUACUGUCUUAUAAGCGGAUGCUUUUAUAAAAAUUUUAAGCGAUUUGUGUACUAUUCAUGCAUAAUUAAAUUAAUUAGUAAGUAUUUGUAUGUUUUUUAUAUUUCAAAUAUUGGGGUACUUUGAAUACGUGAUUUAGCGCGACCCCAACCAUUGUCGUUGGUGGGACAUCCAUCCACACACGUGACAUCCAAUUGGACCUCACUAGUCACGACUUCUCACUAGAACUCAGGAAACUCCAACCUGUAGCAAGUCACUAGCGAGCAUCAGAUUAACUUUCUAUAGUUUUUGGUUUGUAAGGAUUAGUUAUGUCCCAGUGGCUGAAUGGUAUACGAGCUUGCCUUG